AUGGCAUUUCCCUUCCGUGUGCUGGAGCAUGUCAUUUCCGGACAACAUAUUCGUGAACAUCCGCACGCACUUAAGGAGAACCAGGAAGCCGCGCUGAAGAUUGCAAUCAAACAGUAUAUCCCUCUAGACCAAACUCAACCCGUUUCAGAAAAUGCGGUGACUAUCAUUGGUACGCAGGGGAAUGGCUUCCCGAAGUCCUUCGAGGAAACAUAUGAGCCGCUUUGGCAGGACAUGUUUCUCUAUCUCAAGCAGCGUGGAAUUCCCGUCCGAGGUAUCUGGAUGGCGGAUGCCACGAAUCAAGGAGCAAGUGGUGUACUGAAUGAGCAUGUUCAGGGCGACAUGAGUAAGAGAUUCUACGUCCUAGUUGGAUGGUGGUAUUUGCUGAGCGUGAUAGCCAACUGGUUUGAUCACUCUAGAGACCUCCUACAUAUGGUGAACCACUUUCGUAGUGAGAUCCGUCGUCCCAUCAUUGGAAUAGGGCACAGUAUGGGAUGUGCAGAGAUGUCGGUCCUCCUCGCCUACGGACGACGUGCAUCGCUAAUGGCAGGCAGAAUCGAAUUAUCCAUCAUCCACCCCCGAUUGCUGUCUACCAUCAUUCUCUACGAGCCUGUCGUUCUCCAGACUUUAAUGAAAGGCCCCAACCCGGCGAUCAUGGCGACAUCCCGGCGCGAUCUCUGGCCCUCCCGAGAGAAGGCCGAGUCUGCCUUGCGAAAGGGGUUCGCCAACUUCGAUCCUCGUGCUAUCGAUCGUUACCUCCAAUACGGUCUACGGGCUGUUCCCACCAGGCUAUAUGAUCCGGGAAACGAUCCCAGCAUCCCCGCGACGGCUGUAACCUUAACCACAAGCAAGCACCAAGAAGCAUGGACAUUAGCAGUACCCAACCUAGAGCCUAAAUCGGCAGGACUGGACGAUCUGCUUCUUUUCGACUGGGAUCCCGCAAUCGAGCGUUCGUUAGCCUCUUCUCGUCCAGAGCCCUGGGCGGCCAUGCGGAACUUGCCCCAUGUGCGACCGAGCGUGCUAUGCGUAUACGGCGCGCGCAGUUCUCUUUCUCAACCAGAAGCUCAGGACUUAAGGCUAAGUAUGACCGGUAAAGGAGUUGGAGGCAGUGGAGGUUUAUCCCGGGGGAUGGUCGACAAGGCGGUCUCACCGCAGGGCACACAUCUGGUGGUCUUCGAAGAUGUAGACUGGUGCGCUCAGGUUGCAGCGGAUUGGAUUGGAAGAUGGUCCCAGCGAUACUUGCAAGAAGAAAAGUUUUGGCGAAGCUAUCGAAGCAAGAAGUCGGAUGCUGAUAUGCUGCGAAGCAGCGAGGCAGCUUUAGCGGUGGCGAAGCUGAUGUUGGGCGCGUCACGAAAGGAAAUCAUUACAAGCAAGUUAUAG